CACCGUCUCACCCUCUCAGCCCUGUCCGUCACACCAUGCCAUGUCAUAUCAAGCCACCCACUCACAGCGCGCUUAAACCGCUGAUGCGCACCGCCUCCGCAAUCAGCCUAGCGCCACCAACCCAAAGCUUGGCACUUCAAGCUCCGACAUGCAACUUCACAUACCAUCGUCGCCGUCACCACCACCACCCACCGCACCGCACACCCACCCCCACCAAACUCCAACGCAUCCCCCACAAUGGCAGGCGGCGGCUCCGAUCCCAAUGCGCGCAACAAAGCCACAUGGCACAUCGGCUCCUGGGGCAACCCCUACGAAGGCGGCGGCCGGCCCGGCAAAGGCGUAGUCUCCUACUCGCUGUCGCCGAACCAGCAGCGCCCCAUGGCAAACUUCAUCAGCAAGGGGUUCUGGAAUGUGGCGCGCCGCAGCAAGAACCAGGUGUUGUUUUUUAUCCCGCCGCUGGUGCUGGCGUAUGGGACUAUGCAGUGGGCUAUUGAGCGGAACGAGUACCUCAAUUCCAAGCCUGGUCGUGCUGAGUUUGCGGAUUCGGAGGAGUAGGGGUUGAGAUUGAGGGGAUGGCGGAUGUGUACAACUAGCAGGCAUUGGCAGCGUGGGCGGCAAAGAGAGAAACGGGGAGUCCCGAUAUCGACAAACAACGGAUAGAAUGUACAAUCAUACUCAUUCGACAAGUCCGUCCAUGCAUCAUUUCAAAGUCUUGAUUCUUCCAUGCUACUAUACUUUACAUGUACAGCCCCAUCUUGCCGUUCCGUAACAAUGCUAUCACUACACUCCACUCCGCUCCACGCCAUCC